AUGGCCUUAAAUACUGUCCUUGGCCAAGCGCUCUCUAGAAACAAGGCGCAUGAGAAGGUGGACUUGUGGAAAGAGCGAGAGAUUCAGGACAAGGGUAGUCGAUGCACCAUUUCGUUGAAAAGCCGAAAGGGUGACGUUGUCCGCCAAGUUACCAAGGUUCCUGAAGGUGCUGAGGUGACGAGUAAUGUGGUGAACCAGUUUGAGACAGAUAGAGAAGAGAACGCAGCCAAGAAGGAGGAUGAGCUGUUGGCUCGACUCGCCAACGGCAAGGAUCCAGCUUGGCGUCCUGACCAAUACCUCUCCCAACUCAAGGGAAAGGGCACUUCGAAACUGAAGCUGCGACCAGAUUUCUUGCGGAUGGAUCCUGCAUUCUUGCAGAAGGUCGUUGCAGAGUACAAGGCUCAGAAAAAGGCUGCGAAGAAGAAGAAAAAGAAGAAAAAGCAAAAGAAGGAGAAAAAGGCAGGAAAGAAAGACAAAAAGGAUAAGCAGCUUGUAAAGGCAGCGAAAAAGGAGAAGAAACGAAGUAAAGCCAGAGAAGCAAGCCAAGAUGACUUGCCGGGCAAAGAAGUGAAGAAGGAGCGUCACGAAGUGAAGGAAAAACGAAGAAAGCGAAUAAUGCUCGAUGACGCUGGUCAGCCUACUGGAAAAGAAGAGCUUGAGGUGCUCGAGGUCAGAAGCAAAAUCACUGUGAGCCGAAAGCACGCCGCGCGGGAGGUUGAAGCUGACACAAUGGACGAGGUCUCUGUGGCUGAAGCCAGGGCCUCUGAGAUUGCGUCAAAGCUCCGUCAGCAGGUCCAGGCAAGUUGGAACACGUCCCAACCCUCGCCGAGCACCGGCGGUAGCUCAGAGUCAUCGAGCUCAGAUAACGACAUGGAGGAAUGCCCGAGUGAAGAGCUAGCAGAGGACGGCGACCUGUUUGCCUUGCUGUGGGAUGGUCGCGUCACUCCCUGCAAGGACAGCAACACUGAGUGA